CGCUCCCUUUUUCCCUUCUAAAGCCCUAAACCCAUCUCCCGUCCUCUGCUCGCGCGCCGCCGCGACGCAAUGGCCGCCGCCGCCGCAGUGUUCCGUAACCCCGGCUCGCGCCGCCUCUUCUCCUACCCCAUCUUCCGCGCCGCCGCGAUCUCGGCCCCCGCGACGCUCCCUGAUGCGCCGGCCCAGCCGCCGCUGAUGGCUGCGAGCCUCUGGGCGAGGUCCAUGGCCACAUUCACCCGCACGAAGCCUCAUGUAAACGUCGGCACCAUUGGGCACGUAGAUCACGGCAAAACCACUCUCACUGCUGCGAUUACGAAGGUGCUAGCCGAGGCCGGGAAGGCCAAAGCGGUUGCUUUUGACGAGAUCGACAAGGCUCCUGAGGAGAAAGCUAGAGGAAUCACCAUUGCAACAGCUCAUGUGGAGUACGAGACUGCUAAAAGGCAUUACGCUCAUGUGGAUUGCCCAGGACAUGCUGAUUAUGUCAAGAACAUGAUCACUGGAGCUGCUCAAAUGGAUGGUGGUAUUCUUGUCGUGUCAGCUCCUGAUGGUCCGAUGCCACAAACAAAGGAGCAUAUUCUUCUUGCCCGACAGGUUGGUGUACCUUCACUUGUAUGUUUCUUAAACAAAGUUGAUGCUGUUGAUGAUCCUGAGUUAUUAGAACUUGUAGAGAUGGAGCUUCGAGAGCUCCUCAGUUUCUACAAGUUUCCAGGUGAUGAGAUUCCGAUCAUCCGUGGAUCGGCUUUGUCGGCCUUGCAGGGUACCAACGAUGAGACUGGAAAGAAUGCCAUUUUGAAACUAAUGGAUGCAGUUGAUGAGUACAUCCCUGAUCCUGUGAGACAGCUUGAUAAGCCUUUCUUGAUGCCAAUAGAAGAUGUUUUCUCUAUCCAGGGUCGUGGCACUGUUGUGACUGGUCGUGUUGAACAGGGAACAAUUAAAACUGGUGAAGAUGUUGAGAUAUUAGGGUUGACGCAAAGCGGUCCCUUGAAGACUACGGUUACUGGUGUUGAGAUGUUCAAAAAGAUACUGGAUCAUGGAGAGGCUGGUGACAAUGUUGGUCUUCUUCUUCGUGGUCUUAAGCGUGGUGAUGUAGAGCGUGGCCAGGUGGUGUGCAAACCUGGUAGUCUGAAGACAUACACAAGGUUUGAGGCAGAAAUAUACGUCCUGACAAAGGAUGAAGGUGGUCGGCACACUGCCUUCGUCUCAAAUUACAGGCCACAGUUCUACUUCAGGACUGCCGAUAUCACUGGAAAAAUUGAGUUGCCUGAAGACGUGAAGAUGGUUUUGCCCGGUGACAAUGUAACUGCAGUUUUCGAGUUGAUAUCACCUGUUCCUCUUGAACCAGGGCAAAGAUUUGCGCUGAGGGAAGGAGGGAGAACUGUUGGUGCCGGUGUCGUCUCCAAACUUAUUAGCUAAUCUGUUUCUCCUUUCCCUUAGCAAUUUAGUAAACAGAUGAAUGUUGAUAUGUUCGACCGGGCUACAAACGAGAGCGAAGAGUGAAGAAGGAACCCGUGUGCAUUUUUCUUCUAAUGCAUGAGCAAAGCAAGUGCUGGCUGGGCUGGCCACCAUUCUGAACAAUGCCAUUUUUUCCUUGUUGAGUUGGUGCUGUAUAACACCGCAGUAGUUAGUUACUGCGUUAACGCGCUUCUUGGGCAUAGCUCUGUGAUUGAAUAAGACAAGUGUUACCAUAAGCAUAUUUAUUGCUCA